CCACUCGAGCCUGGCAGAAUGGCUCCUGCAAAGAAGGAUGGCGAGAAGAAAAAGGGCCGCUGUGCCAUCAACGAGGUUGUGACCCGGGAAUACACCAUCAACAUUUGCAAGCGCAUCCAUGGAGUGGGCUGGGAGAAGCGUGCUCCGUGGGCACUCAAAGAGAUCCAGAAAUUUGCCAUGAAGGAGAUGGGAACUCCAGAUGCACGCAUCGAUACCAGGCUCAACAAAGCUGUCUGGCCCUCUGUCUGGCCCAAAGGAAUAAGGAAUGUCCCAUAUCAUAUUCGUGUGCGAUUGUCCAGAAAACGUAAUGAGGAUGAAGAUUCACCCAACAAACUCUAUACUUUGGUAACCUAUGUCCCUGUUACCACGUUCAAAAAUCUACAGACAGUUAAUGUGGAUAAGAACUAA